CGGAAGGCGGGGCGGGAAGGCCGGAGAAACUAGUUUGUUGGCGGCUGCUCGGCGGCAGCGCAGCGGGAGCGCGAUCCGAGCCGGGGCGAGCCGGCCGAUCGGGGCGGCGGCGGCUGGGACUGCAGAGCUCAACCGGGCGGCCAGGGGUGUCCGAGCGCGGCGGCGGGCCCGGGCGGUAGCGCCCCUAACGGCUGGCGCACCAUGUCAGUCAGCGUCCACGAGACCCGCAAGUCGCGGAGCAGCACGGGGUCCAUGAACGUCACCCUCUUCCACAAGGCCUCGCACCCAGACUGCGUGCUGGCCCACCUCAACAUGCUGCGCAAGCACUGCAUGUUCACAGACGUCACGCUCUGGGCAGGUGACCGAGCCUUCCCCUGCCACCGGGCUGUGCUGGCCGCCUCCAGCCGCUACUUCGAGGCCAUGUUCAGCCACGGCCUGCGGGAGAGCCGGGACGAUACGGUCAACUUCCAGGACAACCUGCACCCCGAGGUGCUGGAGCUGCUGCUGGACUUCGCCUACUCCUCGCGCAUUGCCAUCAACGAGGAGAAUGCCGAGUCGCUGCUGGAGGCCGGCGACAUGCUGCAGUUCCAUGACGUGCGGGACGCCGCCGCCGAGUUCCUGGAGAAGAACCUCUUUCCCUCCAACUGCCUGGGCAUGAUGCUCCUCUCGGACGCCCACCAGUGCCGCCGGCUCUACGAGUUCUCCUGGCGCAUGUGCCUGGUGCACUUCGAGACAGUGCGGCAGAGUGAGGACUUCAACAGCCUGUCCAAGGACACGCUGCUGGACCUCAUCUCGAGCGACGAGCUGGAGACUGAGGACGAGCGGGUGGUCUUCGAGGCCAUCCUGCAGUGGGUGAAGCAUGACCUCGAGCGGCGGAAGGCCCACCUGCCCGAGCUCCUGCGCAGUGUGCGGCUGGCCCUGCUGCCGUCCGACUGCCUGCAGGAGGCCGUCUCCGGCGAGGCCCUCCUCAUGGCGGACGAGCGCACCAAGCUCAUCAUAGACGAGGCCCUGCGCUGCAAGACCAGGAUCCUGCAGAACGACGGGGUGGUUACCAGCCCCUGCGCCCGGCCGCGCAAGGCGGGCCACACGCUGCUCAUCCUGGGGGGCCAGACCUUCAUGUGCGACAAGAUCUACCAGGUGGACCACAAGGCCAAAGAGAUCAUCCCCAAGGCAGACCUGCCCAGCCCCCGGAAGGAGUUCAGCGCCUCGGCAAUCGGCUGCAAGGUCUACGUGACGGGGGGCAGGGGCUCCGAGAACGGGGUCUCCAAGGACGUGUGGGUGUACGACACCGUGCACGAGGAGUGGUCCAAGGCGGCACCCAUGCUGAUCGCCCGCUUUGGCCAUGGCUCAGCCGAGCUGGAAAACUGCCUCUAUGUGGUGGGGGGACACACGUCCCUGGCGGGUGUCUUCCCGGCCUCACCUUCUGUCUCCCUGAAGCAAGUGGAGAAGUACGACCCCGGGGCCAACAAGUGGACGAUGGUGGCCCCGUUGAGGGAUGGUGUCAGCAAUGCCGCAGUGGUGAGUGCCAAGCUGAAGCUCUUUGUUUUCGGGGGGACCAGCAUCCACAGGGACAUGGUGUCCAAAGUCCAGUGCUACGACCCCUUGGAGAACCGGUGGACGAUCAAGGCUGAGUGUCCCCAGCCUUGGCGAUACACGGCCGCCGCCGUCCUGGGCAGCCAGAUCUUCAUCAUGGGAGGAGACACAGAAUUCACGGCCGCCUCGGCCUACCGCUUCGACUGCGAGACCAACCAGUGGACGCGCAUCGGGGACAUGACUGCCAAGCGCAUGUCCUGCCACGCCCUGGCUUCUGGCAACAAACUCUACGUGGUCGGGGGCUACUUUGGGACCCAGAGGUGUAAGACCCUGGACUGCUAUGACCCCACUUCGGACACAUGGAGCUGCAUCACCACAGUGCCCUACUCGCUCAUCCCCACGGCCUUCGUCAGCACCUGGAAGCACCUGCCCGCGUGAAGAGCACCUGCAGGGCCCAGCCAGACUCUGCGUGUUUGUCCCCUCCCCACGGCUGCGGCCCUCACUGUCACUGCGUGGCCUUGGCCCGCCUGCCGCGGCGCGAGCUCAGCCAGCCCUGGGCCAGCAUCUGAGGGGCUGCGGCGGCUCUGCCCGCUCUGGGAGCAGCAGCCUCGGCCGUUCCGAGCUUCGGAAGAGAAGCGUCUCGUGUGCCCGCGGAGGCCUCUUUAGCUUUGCAGUGGUUUGCGGGAGGAGAGGCCCUUCCAGAGGGGCACGGGCUGCCACCAGGACUGCUCCCUGGUCUCGGAGAGACGGACCCAGCUGCCGAGCCUCGAGGUCACCCGUGUCAGCACGUCCUGGCCUGGGGCCGGAGGGUCCUGGGAGUGGGAGCGGCACCAGCACUGCCCACG